CCCCCGCCCUGCCUGCCCUCCACCCCCCGCCCUCCAGCUUUGUGUCCCCAGGAGGGUGGGCUGCAAGAUUUCCAGCCAAGGCUUGGCUGCCUGCUCAGUUUUUCCAAACCCUCCAGUCGGAGAAGGCGGGAGUCCUGUCAGGAUAAAAGUCCCUCCCCCCUGCCCCUGCCGGCCCCCUCGCCCAGCCUGGAGUUUCCUACCCCCGCAGCUUUUCCAAACUCCUUUCCCUUUCCGACCCUGGCCCCAGCGCCCCCAGCCCCACCUCUCCUGGCUCCCAAGUUCCAAGUUCAGGUUGGAGGGGGCCAGGUGGACUCCACGGUCUUAGGGAGGCGCUGGUAAAGCCUCGCUCUGCGGGCCGACCCUGAGACCUGCGGGGCGCCGGCCUGACUCCCAGCCCGGGCCCGCCCCAUCCCAGGACUCGGUCUCUUGGCCACCUGGGAAGAAGGUGGCUCUCGGGGUCUCCCGCUCCCGGAAGGAGGCGGUGCUGGGGACGUCGGCACAGCUGGGCGGUAAGGUUGGUGCGGCAGAUGCCAGGCCCUAAGGCAGGCUUCGAGGAGGGGCAGUGUUCCCAGCGCUGGCACGGCUCUGUCCAGAAAGUCUAUUAUAUAAUAAUCACCAUCUAUCAGGAAGCCAGGCAGCUGGAGAGAGUGGGGAAGCCAGGAUGCCCGGAUCCGCGCCUCGUCCAGGGGCCAGAAAGGUGUCUCCACCCAAAUAGGCACAGUGUAGGCACAGCCUAGCGGUCAGAGGAUAGGGGGGUCCAGAGGCUAGUGAGGGGCGCUGGGCAAUCUGGCUGCAGCCUCAAAAACCCCACCCUCAGAACUCUGACGGGCAGUGCCCCGAGCCAAUGACUGAAGUCACUGUGGGGCUUGAGGUUAACCCUUUCUUGGGUCCUUAGUUGCUUCGGAGUACAGAGUCCCUUCCACAGAAUUUCCCCCGAACGGCGCCUACCUGCUCGGGCUAGUGCACGCUGGAGAGGAGUGCGAGCAUUAUCUGUGCAUUCUGAUCACUCCAGAAACAGGAAGAAGGCUAAUCUCAGAUAACAGCAGUCCUGGGCGCCCUCUUCCCACCGUCCAAAAGUAAAUUUUAUUACAAGAUGCGGUUGUGGGUAGAGUUUCCAGAAACAGCCUUGGGCAGCGUUGGCACAGCGACAUGGUAUCAGAAACGGGCACCUUCAUGCAAUUAUAUCCACGCCGCACUUUUACCGGCCAAAGCCGACGUGGACGCUCACUGGCACACCUGUGACAUCCCUGGUCAUGCCGCUACACACGGAAGCACGGUGGCUCCCCUAGUUGGCCAGUAGAGGGAGCCGCGCGAUUCCAGCAAAGGGCUGCCGGCUCCCCUUCCCGGCUCUUUGGCUCCAGGGUUCCACCCAGAACUCGUGGCUACCCAAAGCUGGGCUCUGUAUGCAGACCUGGAACCUACAAUGGUGGAGUGAGUCACAGCCACACCCAGGAGAGCGCUCCACAUGGCUGCUUCACAGGACAUACCAGACACUCUUGGGUUUUAUUAUGUACUACAUUAGAGACCCCUGCAACCCAGCCAUCAUUCCCCUUAUAUUGAUUUAGGGACCUACUAUGAACAGGACUUGUGCCAAAAGGGAUCAUAAGAAGGGCUGGGCUUGGUUGUGUAUGCUUUUAAUCCCAGCACUUGGGAAGCAGAGUGAAUCUCUGAGUUCAAGUCCAGCCUGCUCUACACAGAGAAUUCCAGGCUAGCCAUGGCUAUAUGGUGAGACCCUGUCUCAAACAAAGAAGGCCAAGUGACUUGUCAUUUGUAUGGUGGGAGACAGAUCUGCAUAAAAAGCUGCAAGGUUCCUGUUUGUGAGCUGGUCCUCUGCCUGUGGUUAAUAGUAUACAGGAACCUUAGGGAGAGAAGAAACCCAACUUCACUGGUCUACUCUCCUAAGUAGAGGGAUCACAGAGAUCAGCAGCUCUGGGCUCAAGAUUUUUGUUUUUCCUUUAAAUGAAGAUAGAGCUAUAUAUAAAACAAAACCAAAAUAUUUCUAUUAAAAAAAUGGUCCUUGGGCAUAGUGGUCCAUUCCUUUAAUCCUAGCACUCUGGAGGCAGAGGCAGGCAGAUCUCUUAGUUCAAGGCCAGCCUAUCUACAGAGAGAGUUUCAGGACAGCCAGGGCUACAGUACAGACACUGUCUCAAAAUAACCAACCAAACAAAAACCAACCCAAGACAUGGUCAUGUGAUAAUGUACAUGAAAGUACUCUGUAAAUCAUAAUGUUAUCACACAUAUAUUUUACAGUUCUAGUCUCUCCACUUUCAGGAUUUUUGUUUGUUUUUACUUAUAUUUUAGGUAGACUCGAAUAUUUGCUCAGUUUGAGCUUAGGUUCUAUAUAUAGCUUAGGGCUGAGGGUGAUCUUGAACUCCUGAUCCUCCUGACUUCACCUUUCUUCGAGCUGAGGUUCUUCACUCAGGGAUAUGCCCUGUUCUCCUUCUGGAUCUCCGGAUCUUGUCCAGUGCCCAGCUCCUGGCACCAUCCACCCAUCCAGUCAGUAUUCACUGAAGCCCUACUGUGACCCUGGCCAACACUCGAGUCCUUCGUACAAGAAACACAGACGGGUAGUUGUGGUCUGGGUUUUCAGAAAUCUUGUGCCAGCCAGAUGUACAGACAGGAGAAACAAGACACGGAGUCAGUACUCUGGACAGGUGAGCUGGGAACAGAAGAAACAGCUUGCUGGUGUCCUUUCUGAGGCAGUCAGUGCCUGUCUCUGGUUUAUAUCCAUUCUAGGGGAAGGGGCAUUGGGAUAGAAGGGAAGUGUCCUGGGAUAGGAGGACUUGAAUUCUAGCCCUAGGUUCACUGCUUUCUAGUUGUGCAACUCUGAGUAAGGGCUUAAGUCACUCAAGCCUCAGUUUCUUCAACUGUGUAAUGGGGCUAUAACACCUUUCUUGUAGGUUUGUGGUGACUGUUGAGAUAACAUAUGACAUGUUUUUAGAAACUGCUUAGAAUUUUUUUUUUCUCUCAUGUGUCUACUGUCCCAUAGGACAUAGGUCGGUGUUUAUAUUUGUGUGUGUGCUGUGACUGUAUGUGUGAAGCCUUCUGAGGUUAGGGAGAGUUUGAGAAGACAAAGGUUUCAUUUCCUCAAACAUUUUCUUAGCAUCCAAUUUGCACUGCUGAAGGUUUAAUUGAAAAAAAAAAUCAGUCUAUGUCCUCAGGGGGAGGGGGGAAUGCUCUCAGUGCAUAAUGGAUGUGGGUGGGUACAAUAAAGAGGGAAACGUGUGUGUGUGUGUGUGUGUGUGUGUGUGUGUGUGUGUGUGUGUGUGUGUGUGUCCAGGCAACUCCCACUCUUUCCAAGCCGUGCAGAUAGGAGGGUAGGUUUUCAGACCUCUCCGUUGCCUCGGAUGCUGUGGAUCCUUCUCCUCCCUAGUCCUCAGGAAUCGGGGGAGGAGAGGUGGCUUGAAGGCCCGUUCCGUUCCCCGCCCAGGGCCAACUGCCUCCUGCUAGCCGGUCGGGCGCCUUACCGAGUCAGACCACUGGGAGGCUGGGGGAGCCGGGUUGGGCGAGGAGUCGAGCGAGAUGGGGGAGCUCUUAUUUUGACAGGGGCCUCUCCCGGCUCUGGUAUGAAGGCAGAAGGAGGCAGCCAGAGAGCCCCGAUGCUUAUUCAGGCUGGGGAGAGGAGCCGAGUGGAGGGGCGAGCGAGGCUCCGGCAGCGCAGGGGAGCCCGGGGAGGCGGCGGCGCGCGGCGGAGCCAGUGGCCGGACAUGCCCCGGAUCCGGGGCCGCUGCAGCACCGCCGCCGCCGGGAGCCAGCCGGCCGGACGCCCGCACGCCUGGGUCCCCUGGCGCCGCGCCGCCCCGGGGCUGCGACCUGGACCCUCGGCAUUCGACCAACAAUAAGCGCCUAGACAGCCCCCUCCCCGCCCCGCGCCCGCCGUCCCCGCGGGCCUCGGGGAAAGUGAAAGGAGGAGGCGAAGGAAGGAAGGAAGGGAGGAAGGAAGGAAGGAAGGAAGGGAGGAGGAGGAGGAGCAGGAGCGGCAACAGCCGGAGCCGUGAGGUUUGGGCCGAGACCCCAGCCCGGAGCCCCGGCCGGGCGGUGCGCUAGCUCUCCCGCCGCUGCCGGCGCCCAGGACCAUGCCCCGCGGUUGGGAGGCAGGAACCCAGGCAACCAGAGCCUCCCGGAUACCUGCUCGCGGGCCGGGCUGGUAUUGAGAUCAAGGCGUCCAGGAUCAAAAGAUCACCGCCUGCCCGCCUUCUCCGUGUCUCCACUGUCCUGCUGGAGGAUCCCAGUCCACCCACCGACCCUGACCUGGUUAUGGCGUCCAGCUCCGGCCUGGCGUGAGGACCCCCGACCGGUGCGAGGGAGCCCCCAUUCCAGACCACACCCCUGAGCCUGAACCUGACACACAUUAUUCAGAGUCCCUGCUCCAGUACCGAGUACCUGGCUGGGCCCUGGGCACGCACAGGGGCCGUAGCCCCACUGUGUGUGGGAGCCAUGAGGAUCCUGGCUAACAAGACAAGGUUACCCCACCCCAGGAGGAGAGAAGCUCCAGGGAGCCCGCCGCUGUCCCCUCGCGGCCACUGCCCCCCUGCCCCAGCCAAGCCAAUGCACCCAGAAAAUAAAUUGACCAAUCAUGGCAAGACAGGGAAUGGAGGGGCCCAAUCCCAGCACCAGAAUGUGAACCAAGGACCCACCUGCAACCUGGGGUCCAAGGGCGUGGGGGCGGGAAGCCAUGGGGCCAAGGCCAAUCAGAUCUCACCUAGCAACUCAAGUCUGAAGAACCCCCAGGCAGGGGUGCCUCCUUUCAGCUCACUCAAGGGCAAGGUGAAGCGUGAGCGGAGUGUAUCCGUAGACUCCGGAGAGCAGCGGGAGGCUGGGACUCCAUCCCUCGAUUCAGAGGCCAAAGAGGUGGCACCCCGGAGCAAACGGAGGUGUGUGCUAGAGCGGAAGCAGCCGUACAGUGGGGACGAAUGGUGCUCCGGCCCAGACAGCGAGGAGGACGAUAAGCCCAUUGGGGCCGCCCACAAUUGUAAUGUAGCAGACCCAGCCAUGGCGGCCCCACAGCUGGGUCCCGGCCAAACUGCCCAACUGCCCCUCAGUGAAAGCAGUGCACCAGGCCCCCCCCACGGCCCCCCACCAGGCCUUCGGCCAGAUGUUCCUGGGGGUGGGGGUGGGGGCGUCUCAGGAAAGCCUCCGUCACAGUUCGUGUAUGUCUUCACCACCCACCUGGCCAACACGGCUGCAGAGGCCGUGCUGCAGGGCCGGGCAGAGUCCAUCCUCGCCUACCACCAGCAGAAUGUGCCCCGGGCCAAGCUGGAUCAGGCCCCUAAAGUGCCACCCACCCCAGAGCCACUACCCCUGAACACGCCGUCAGCAGGUACACCACAGUCUCAGCCACCUCCAUUGCCGCCGCCGCCACCCGCAGCCCCUGGCAGUGCCCCUCCUGCUCUGCCCCCAGAGGGGCCUCCUGAAGACACCAGUCAGGACCUGGCCCCCAACUCAGUGGGAGCUGCCAGCACAGGUGGUGGGACCGGGGGCACCCACCCUAACACCCCAACGGCUGCCACUGCUAACAACCCUCUGCCUCCGGGAGGAGACGCUGGUAGCGCCCCUGGCUCAGCCCUAUUGGGGGAGGCUACCCCCACAGGAAAUGGGCAGCGGAACCUGGUGGGCUCUGAGGGCCUGUCCAAAGAGCAGCUGGAGCACCGCGAGCGCUCCCUCCAGACACUGCGGGACAUUGAGAGGCUGCUGCUCCGGAGCGGGGAGACUGAGCCUUUCCUCAAGGGGCCCCCUGGAGGAGCUGGUGAGGGGGGCCCACCAGCGCAAGCUCCCUCUGCCGCUCAGCAGCCUCCCUCGGCCCCUCCCAGUGGGCUGAAGAAGUACGAGGAGCCCUUGCAGUCGAUGAUUUCACAGACGCAGAGCCUAGGAGGCCCCCCACUGGAGCAUGAAGUGCCGGGACACCCCCAGGGUGGGGACAUGGGACAGCAGAUGAACAUGAUGAUGCAGAGGCUGGGCCAGGACAGCCUGACGCCUGAGCAGGUGGCCUGGCGCAAACUGCAGGAAGAGUACUAUGAGGAGAAGCGGCGGAAAGAGGAGCAGAUUGGAUUGCACGGCGGCCGCCCUCUGCAGGACAUGGUGGGCAUGGGGGGUAUGAUGGGAAGGGGGCCUCCACCUCCUUACCACAGCAAACCUGGGGAUCAGUGGCCCCCUGGAAUGGGUGCACAACUCCGAGGACCUAUGGAUGUCCAAGAUCCCAUGCAGCUCCGAGCCGGACCUCCCUUCCCUGGCCCCCGUUUCCCGGGCAACCAGAUGCAAAGGGUACCUGGAUUUGGGAGUAUACAGAGUAUGCCCAUGGAGGUACCCAUGAAUGCCAUGCAGAGACCUGUAAGGCCAGGCAUGGGCUGGACUGAAGACUUGCCUCCUAUUGGGGGACCCAGCAAUUUUGCCCAGAAUGCCGUGCCCUAUCCAGGUGGGCAGGGUGAGGCAGAGCGAUUCAUGACCCCUCGUGUCCGGGAGGAGCUGUUGAGGCACCAGUUGCUGGAAAAGCGGUCAAUGGGCAUGCAGCGCCCCCUGGGCAUGGCAGGUAGUGGCAUGGGACAGAGCAUGGAAAUGGACCGGAUGAUACAGGCACAUCGACAGAUGGAUCCCACCAUGUUUCCGGGGCAGAUGACUGGUGGAGAUGGCCUGGCUGGCACUCCCAUGGGCAUAGAGUUCGGUGGAGGCCGGGGCCUCCUGAGCCCUCCAAUGGGACAGUCUGGGCUGAGGGAGGUAGACCCGCCUAUGGGACCGGGCAACCUCAACAUGAACAUGAAUGUGAACAUGAACAUGAACAUGAACCUGAAUGUGCAGAUGACGCCGCAGCAGCAGAUGCUGAUGUCACAGAAGAUGCGAGGCCCUGGAGACAUGAUGGGGCCUCAGGGCCUUAGUCCUGAAGAGAUGGCUCGGGUUCGGGCCCAGAACAGCAGUGGCAUGAUGGGUGGUCCACAGAAGAUGCUUAUGUCUUCACAGUUUCCCAACCAGGGCCAGCAGGGAUUCUCUGGGGGUCAGGGACCCUACCAAGCCAUGCCCCAGGACAUGGGCAACACUCAAGACAUGUUCAGCCCUGAUCAGAGUUCAAUGCCCAUGGGCACUGUGGGCACCACCCGGCUCAGCCAUAUGCCUCUGCCCCCUGCAUCCAAUCCUCCUCCUGGGUCUGUGCAUUCAGCCCCCAACAGGGGACUGGGCAGACGGCCUUCAGACCUCACCAUCAGUAUUAAUCAGAUGGGCUCACCAGGUAUGGGGCAUCUGAAGUCACCCACCCUUAGCCAGGUGCACUCACCCCUGGUCACCUCACCCUCUGCCAACCUCAAGUCACCCCAGACUCCCUCACAGAUGGUGCCCUUGCCUUCUGCCAACCCGCCAGGACCUCUCAAGUCUCCCCAGGUCCUCAGCUCCUCUCUCGUGCGGUCACCCACUGGCUCACCCAGCCGACUCAAGUCCCCCUCCAUGGCGGUGCCUUCUCCAGGCUGGGUCGCCUCUCCCAAGACAGCCAUGCCUAGCCCUGGGGUCUCCCAGAGUAAGCAGCCGCCUCUCAGCAUAAACUCUUCCUCUACUCUGGGCAACAUGGAACAGGGUACCCUCCCACCUAGUGGCCCCCGGAACAGCUCCUCAGCGCCUCCUGCCAAUCCUCCCAGUGGCCUCAUGAACCCCAGCCUACCGUUCACAUCUUCCCCGGACCCCACGCCGUCCCAGAACCCUCUGUCACUGAUGAUGUCUCAGAUGUCCAAAUAUGCCAUGCCCAGCUCUACCCCUCUCUACCACAAUGCCAUCAAGACCAUCGCCACCUCAGAUGACGAGCUGCUGCCCGACCGGCCCCUGCUACCCCCACCCCCACCACCGCAGGGCUCCGGGCCAGGCAUCAGCAAUAACCAGCCCAACCAGAUGCACCUGAACCCUGCUGCUGCCCAGAGCCCCAUGGGCAUGAACUUGCCAGGCCAGCAGCCCCUGUCCCAUGAGCCCCCACCAACCAUGUUGCCCUCUCCUACCCCUCUGGGGUCCAACAUUCCACUGCACCCCAAUGCACAGGGGACAGGGGGCCCCUCUCAAAACUCGAUGAUGAUGGCCCCAGGAGGCCCAGACUCCCUAAAUACCCCUUGUGGCCCUGUGCCCAGCUCCUCCCAGAUGAUGCCCUUUCCUCCUCGGCUACAGCAGCCCCACGGUGCCAUGGCCCCCACUGGGGGUGGGGGUGGGGGGCCUGGCCUGCAGCAGCACUACCCUUCCGGCAUGCCACUGCCCCCUGAGGACUUGCCCAGCCAGCCACCUGGUCCCAUACCCCCCCAGCAGCACCUGAUGGGCAAAGGCAUGGCUGGCCGCAUGGGCGAUGCAUACCCACCCGGGGUGCUACCUGGGGUGGCAUCAGUACUGAACGACCCAGAGCUGAGUGAGGUGAUCCGGCCCACCCCUACCGGCAUUCCUGAGUUCGACUUAUCCAGGAUCAUCCCCUCUGAGAAGCCGAGCAGCACCCUCCAGUACUUCCCCAAGAGUGAGAACCAACCCCCCAAGGCUCAGCCCCCCAACCUGCAUCUCAUGAACCUGCAGAACAUGAUGGCGGAGCAGACCCCCUCUCGGCCUCCCAACCUCCCGGGCCAACAGGGGGUUCAGCGGGGGCUCAGCAUGUCCAUGUGCCACCCUGGACAGAUGUCCCUGCUGGGCAGGACAGGUGUGCCCCCACAGCAGGGCAUGGUGCCUCACGGCCUGCACCAGGGGGUCAUGUCCCCACCACAAGGCCUCAUGACCCAGCAGAAUUUUAUGCUGAUGAAGCAGCGCGGUGUGGGGGGUGAGGUCUACACCCAGCCUCCCCACAUGCUCUCCCCGCAGGGCUCCCUCAUGGGCCCCCCACCCCAGCAGAACCUCAUGGUGUCUCACCCUCUGCGGCAGCGUAGUGUGUCUCUGGACAGCCAGAUGGGCUACCUCCCAGCGCCGGGCAGCAUGGCCAAUCUACCCUUCUAGCAGGCCCCUCCGGGGUCUGGAGCUGGGGAUGCUGAGAAAAACUUUAAGAAGGUUUUUGGUUUUUUUUGGUUUUUUUUCCCUCCAGUGUUGGGAUGGAUGGCCUGGGUCCAGGGGUAGGGUGAAGAGGGGGGAGGGGCUCGUGUGGGGGAGUGGCAUUUGUGGAAACCUGAUGUGCUGGCAGCUUGUGGGGUGGGGGAGCCGCAAGACUUGGGUGGGGAGCUGGAACUGGGUUUCGCUCCACUUCGUCCACCAGGACUGGCCCUCCCCCGCCCUUCCUGUUCCUAUGAGGCUUCUCUUUCCCUCUGUCUUUACAACUCUCCCCACUUUGAGCUGUGCUUUGGGGGCCCUUGGGGAGAGAGGAAGGAGAGGAGGGGUCUUCCACCCUCUGUCCCUUUCUGGAACUGUCACCCCAUCGGUGCUCCAGGUCCAUGGUUCCCCUCCCGGUUCCUCUGCUUUUGCCCCAUUUUCCCGGUCUUCCUCAUUUCCUCUCCCUGCUGGCAUGGCUGACCUCCUCUCUCAUGCCCCCUGCAGGCAGCUGGCCGGGUGGGCAGGUGCCAGCGGAGCUGUAAAUAGAGCUGCGCUUUUGUGCCAGUGUGUACGUGUGCCGUAUUUCUGUGUUUUGAUAGAAGUCACACACAAAAAAAGAUUUAAAAAAAAAAAAAAACAACCCUUCCCCCUCCUUCAAAUGAUCACUCCUACCAUUUCCCCUGGACCCAGAGACAUACAGUCCUAUGCACCCUCCAUACGCCCCACCUAUCAACUGAGGUCAGACUAUCUAUCUAGGCUUCCAUUUGGUGAGCCAGGGAGGACUGAUCCCUCCCCCUCCCCCUACGAUGGCCGCCUGUCUGCUGCUGAGUGAUUUCCGGAGAGCAGGUGUGCACAGGAGCAUGUGUUUACCCACACCAGUGACAUAGGCCCCCCGGCCUGGGGCGCCUCUGCUGCUACACCUUAGCCAGAACUUGAAGCCCUUGUCCCUCCCAGUCUAUGAGAAAGGAGAGAAGGAAGGGGCAGCCUGUGGCCCCUUGGAAUGGAGCUAUGGAGGGGUUCGCAGGAUGUGACUACAACCUAUGGCUUCAGUAGCCUUGGGCCAGGUAGCCCCUCAGGGCACAGACUCUUCCAGAAACCACCACUCGCUUAUCACCAAAGAAGGAAGGGACAGCGUUUGCCUGAGUCAGUCCUCUCUCCAGCCUCCACCCCUUAGCAUGGAGUGAGGAAAGGCAGUGUGGGGGACAUCCUGCUGCCUGUCCACUCUGGCGAGGUCCUUCUGUCCAGGGCUCAGGGCCAUGUACCAGACCUGUCUAUGCCCACCCAGGCACAGCCACUGCCUCCCUGUUACUUCCCAGGAGAGCCCCUCACCCACCACUGGUCAGACUGAAGCCAUACAGGAAUGGGUGUUUGGCCUCCCUCGGCCCCAGGAGUAAAAUUCUCCUUUUCUCACUUCCUUCUUCCUCCUUCCUGCCUUCGAAGGUGGCAGGCAGCUCCUUGGCCAAGGCCUCUCCUGCCCUGCCUCCAGGGCCAAGGGCCAUUCUAGACAGGGUGUCUUUUACCAAGGCCCUGUCCCCAGCCUUUCUGACCUGCAGGGCCUGGUUCUGCCUUGGCAGCUGUAAUACAAAGGGAAUUUGUGCCCACUUCUUCCAGUCUGGUGCUGUCCAUUGUCAGCCGGAUCAGGCACCCUCCCCUCCAGAGCUGGCUGCAGGCCCCUGGCUUCCUCCGCCCCUCCCAGGGACCAGAGCCAAGGUCUCUGCGUCCAGAGGUGGGUGGAAACCUGUCCUCCUUCCUGCCAGACACUCUGCCCUCCUUGCUUCCAUCUGGGCCUUGUGCCCUACACCCGUGUUCCCAGCCUGUCCAAACUGUCUAACUGCCCUGCUCCGAGGAGAGGGCUCAGGGCGCAAAGGUCCCGAUGCCCCCUUCUGGUGUCCUGGCUCCCACCUCCUCCACUAGCUUCCCAAGGUGAUCUCCACAGGCCAGCCUUCUCCUCUCCAUCCAUGGCCAUACCCCAGCCAUUUUGUACCAUUAUAUAAAUAUAUAUAUAAAUAUAAAUAUAUAAAUACAAUAUGUGAAGACAUCUUCUUGGUUUUUAUUUUGAAACACUUUGUAGGCUUGCUCUGGGGGGUCUCUGUGCUGCCUGUACUGAAUUGACCUGUUUUAUAGGUGCCUUUUUAUUAAAAAGAGAAAAUUCAAAAAUGUAA